AUGACGACCUCGACACCCCUGUUUGAAGAGGUUGCCUCUCGAGAUGUGCUGGGCUUCAGCUUUGGGGGGCGCUCCUAUGCAGACCAGCUCACGGACGCGAUCGCCAAGACGAAGGUCGUCUGCGGGGUCAAGGUCGAGAGGAAAUCCAUCGGCAAGGAAGGGUACACCACUGAGGUCGUGUACGUGCAACACGACUUCGGCUUCCUAGGCGGGUCUCUCGGUCAGGCUGAGGGCGAGAAGAUCACGCGAGCCUUCGAGUACGGCCUCGAGCACAGGCUCCCGGUGGUGGUGCAGUGCCGAUCGGGCGGGGCACGGAUGCAGGAGGGAACCAUGUCGCUCAUGCAGAUGGCGAAGCGAUCCUGUUGGAAUAUCGCUGUUAGAAGUGGGGGGAGGUACCCCCUGGUCACACCCCGAUCGUGCCAGAACGAGGAACUACACCGUCUGCUGGCCAAACAGAGGCCAGCUUCAUGAGGUCAUGUACAAACCCUCUGCAGGUAUCUAAAAUUCAGGGCGUUCUGCGUCGUGUUGGCCGCACACGAACCGAAAACGUCAACCCUGCCACAUUGCUCUGCUGAC